GAGUAUGUAGAUCUCACGCCAAACGGACCACCCCUGAAAGCAAAAUGGAAAUAGAGCCUAGCGCUGUGCCUCGCAGCAGCCUGGUAGUGUACUGGUCUUCCACUGACAAAAAGACGAUUACGUUGGGCAGCCGUGGACCUUCGCUGAUGCAGUCUUGUUCCGGGCGCCUGGGCGAUGUCAAGCAUAUUGCUGUCCCGCCGUCCCUUCUCUGGGCGUUACCUGUAGAGCAGCGGCGCGGCGACAUGCCUGUGCGGACUGCGGUCGUUUUUACAGCGGACUCGAUGACCGGCAAGCACGACGCGGCAAGCACGGCUGUAGUGUUCCCUGGAGCCGCGGAGGAGUCGCCGCCGCGCCCCACCCAACAGCACGAGCAGCGGCUGUGCUGCCGCAUCGGCCCCACCGGCUCGCACGGCGCGCUGGCCCUGCAGGUGCCUGUGAGUGCGCGCAUGCACAUGCGGCCGCUGCUGCACGUGGGGCUUAGGCCCGACCUCACACUGGAGCUGGCGCUGGGGCCGCAGCCGCAGGAGGCGGCGCCGCAUGACGGGUAUCACCUGAUGGCGGCUAACCGGCAGCUGCAGAAGGCGCAAGGACAAACACGGAGGAGCCGCAGAGUUGGCGAUAGCACAGAAAGCAGCCUUGGGGAGGAUGGGGGAAUGAGUAGCAAGCGGCGACGCUACACACCAGCUCGAGCAGCAGGCGACGUGGCAUCGCAGGGCAAACAGGAGGUGACGGCGUCACAGCAGAAGGCUGAAGAGGCGCGAGGACAUCAGGCGACGGUGGUAGGAGAUGAGGAGGCGGGCGCUGGGCCUUUCCAGGUUUCAGUUGGAGCGCAAGCAGUCGGCGAGGGCGGAGGGGAGGGCAGUAACAAGCGGCGCUGCCAUGCACCAGUUGGGGCAGCAGGGCCUGACAUGGCUUGGCCUCACGCCUUUGGUGGGGAAGCGGCACGGCGGCGGUGGGACGAUGUGGGAGUGUCGGUCGAGGAGGUGGGCGCGGGGCUUUCCCCGCCGGUUUCCUUCGCGGCAGCAACUGCAGAAGCAGCCCGCAGCAAGCCACCCGCAAGCCAGCAUGUGCCGCCGUCACGGUUGCCGUCGCCGCACUCCCCAGCGGGGCCGCCGCCGCCGCCGCCUCGUGAGCCGGAGCCGGCUGAGCUGCAGGCGGUGUGGCGGCUCAUGCUGCAAGUGCCCGCCGCCCAGAUGCAGGCGGCACACGCGCUGGAACGUAGGCGGGCGGUGCUGGCGGCGGCGGUGGCCUCACCCGCUGCCGUGCCUGCUGCCGAUGGCGGGCCUGCCCUGAGCCGCUUCAGGUGUAGUCUGCGGGAGGUGGUGGGGCUGCUGUUGCGAGCCCGGGUCGCCACCCUGCUGCCCGCCACCCGCCUCAGCUGCGGGCCUGGAGCAGGCGGUCGCGGGGCCUGCCGCUGCGGCGCCCUGCGCCUGCUGGGUAGCUGUGCGCCCGCCCUCCCCUGCUGCUGCUGGCGCUCCGCCGCGCACUACCUGGUCGCCGCGUGUGAGGCGGUGGCGGACUGCUACGGAGCGCUGGCGGAUGCGGCGGAGCGGGACGCGGAGGAGGGCAGCAGGCGGUGGAUGCAGCAGCUGGGGCAGGAGGAACACAAGCGGAAGCAGGCGUUGGUGAAUGGGGACGACGAGGAAUGGGACGAGAGGGAGGAAGAGAGGCAAAGCCACGAUGGCACGGAGGAGGACAGGAAGCAGGAGUCAGUGGGUCGAGCGGCCCCGCGCGCGGCAGGCAGCGGUGGGCGUGGCACUUCCUCCGCAGCUGCCGCACCUCCUGCUGUCGCUGCCGGCUGCUCCGCGGCUGAGCAGCUGGCGGGCCGCAUGGAGGGCGCCGUGGAGGCGGUGCGGGACGUGUUGGCGGAGGCGCUGGGCAGGCUGUGGCGGCAGCCGGAGGCGGCGGGUGCAUGCGCAGGCGGCCAACAGCCGCAGGCGCAGCCGCAGCCGGCACCUCGCCACGACCACCGCCAGCAGGAGCAACAGAGGGAUCUGCCACGGCGCCAAGAUCACCUGCGGUCGCCGCCGCAGCAGCUGCUGCUGCUGCCCGACCAGCAGCGUCCCAAUGAGGGUAAAGAGGAGGGGGAGGGUGGAGCCGUCGUGCAGGCACGGGUGCAGCAUGUAUCCCGUGCUGCUGAGGCCGGAGCCGCAGGCCCCGCACGUGAGGGCGUGAGGGUGAAUGCGCAGCCGCCAGCUGCGGAGCCCGCCCCGGCCGCCGCCGCUGCCAAGGGCAGCCGCAGCCGCAGCGGCAACAGGGGCAGAUAUGGCAACAGCAGCAGCAACGGCAUCAGCAGCAGCGGCGGCGGCAGCAGCGGCGGUAGCAGUUGUGAGAGCAUGCGGGCGCCGUCAUGGAACAGCCACGUGGAAGCGGCUGGCAAGCCGGCUACAUGAGCGCAUGAGGAUAUGGAUGUAUGCAAAGUUUAUAUGACCAGAUAUGCACUUAAUGGGAAGGACUGUCACUGCACUGUGUACAGCGUAUUCGAGCAUUGGAUCUUAUGAUACUGCACCGGCACGUUAUUAUAGCUGGGCAAAUAUUGGAUACUGUAGGCAGCCGCGCAGCGGCGUGGGCGUGAUGGGUACUCGUCGUCUAGAUGGACACACAUAUUACGUGUAUGGACACGCACACCACCGGCGUGUGCGGCCGGCACUGGGCGGUGCGGUCGUGGCGGACCGCAGCCCCCGGGGCCAUGCGUUGCCGCCCGGCCGGUAUUGCGGUCUGCAGCACAGGGGUGAUUUAUGGAGACGGACUGGCGAGCGAUGCCUGCGUCUCAAUUUAUGAGCUGGAUGGCACUGAUGCAAAAGCAGAAGCGCUGCAUGUCCGGACUGUUUGAGGAAUGCUGUACAGGCAUGCGGGCCGCACCGGUGAAGGAUGCGCCAGGCGCCGGCAGCAGGCGCGGUAGGGCAUACGCCCCUUCUGUCAGGCUUGGAUGUGAUCGUGAUGAGGACUCGGCCGUCGAGAUAGUGCUGAGAAAUGUAAGCUAGUGUGAAUGCAGAUGCAAGGCGCCGCCGAUUGCUCCAGGCUAGCAAGCAGCAAGGGACACGUACGGUGCUGCCAUCGGUCGGUACCGUAGUGCAACCUUGAUGCAGCUCACGCAAGACUUGAUUGCCUCGAGCCAGGGUGGUGCAAGUGAGCGACGGGGCAGUGAGGUCCGUGAUGCGCUGCAACACUGCCCUGUGGCGCGGUGUGGGCAGUCAGGUGUCAUGACACGGGCCCAU